AUGAAAAAUCAUCAGUCCCGAUCUAUCGGAUCAGCAUCAUUCCCAAAAGUGAAUGUUGCUUCCCUUGAAAGGAAUGCCAUAUCCUCUCGUGGUAAUAAUUACAAACAAGGACGUGGCCACAAGCAAGGCAGGUGGAUCGGGAAAGGCAAAAACCAUGGUGUUCAGUUUCAUAACCAGGUCCCAAGGCAUAAUUUAGGCCCAAGCUUUAAGAAUGCAAAUCGCCUGAAAGACAAAGCUCAUAUGAACACUCCUGGAAAUCCUGAAGGAGUUUGCCAUAGGUGUGGUGGCAAUGGACAUUGGGCACGUACUUGUCGCACCCCAAAGCAUCUGGUGGAUAUGUAUCAAGCCUCCCUCAAGGAGAAGGGUGUCAAGACCAAUUUCCACGACCAAGCUCAACCAAUAGAAAGACCUAAUCCAGUGACCAAUUUAUCUGGACAGUUAAACACAACCCACAUGGAUGCUUCAGACUUUAUUAUUGAAAAAGGGAAUGAAGUUUAUGGGUCUGAUUGA